ACACUCUGCUCCCCCAUUUUGUGUCUUUAUUUUCUUUUUGCAGUUCAAUCAAAAGGAAAAAAAGAAUACGUGAAUAAAUUAUAUGGAGAAGAAGCAAGAGAAUCCUAUGGCGAAUAUGAGAUUUCCCGACGAUAUUCCGCCGGCAGCCUUUGGUGGUGGUGGUGGUGGUGGAAGCAUCUUUGACAUGGCUGGAACAUCAUGUGAAGCGAGUGGUGGUGGUGGGGAUAAGUGGGAGACGUUAGGUUUCAUGGAUUUACUCGGCAUCCAUCAAGAUCUUGUCUCUCCUUUAUUCGAUUCUUUUAAUCACUCUCCGAUUCUCCUUUCACCACCACCACCACCAUCGUCGGGUGAGCUAGCAGCAGUGUUCGAUCACCACCACCACGACAUGUUAUUAAACAAGCUCGACACUAACAACAACACUAAGCAGCAGAACCUCCACCAGGGCAGCCUCUUGUCCGCCGUGCCGGAAUCUUCCGAGGUCUUGAACAACCCUGCAACACCAAACUCUUCUUCCAUCUCUUCUUCCUCCGAUGAAGUAACCGCAAAUGAUGAGCGGAGCAAAGCUGGGGAUCACGAUGAUGAAUACAGGACAAAGAAACCGUUGAAACCCAAAAAGAAGAAUCAAAAAAUACAAAGGCAACCGAGAUUUGCUUUCAUCACCAAGAGUGAAAUCGAUCACUUAGAUGAUGGCUAUAGAUGGAGAAAGUAUGGUCAAAAAGCUGUGAAAAACAGCCCUUAUCCCAGGAGCUAUUAUCGUUGCACUACUGUGGGGUGCGGGGUGAAGAAGAGAGUCGAGAGAUCGUCCGACGAUCCGACCACCGUCGUCACAACAUACGAAGGCCAACAUUCACAUCCGUGUCCGAUAAUGCCCCGUGGAACCAUCGGAUUCGCAAUCGAUUCCUCGAGUUUCGGCUCUCCGUCGUCUUUCAUUGUUCCUCAGCCGCAACAAUUACAACCCUUUGUAUAUACAUCACCGCCUUCUUUGAACAUCACCGCAACGAGCUCAAACUCGAACCAUCAUCCCUCGUUCAAUGCAUUUUUUCAAUACAAACCACGUUUUAACGAUCAGAACUCUUCGGCUUUAGCACUUGGGGACCAUGGGCUUCUUCAAGACAUCGUUCUCACACCGACGAGGAGAGAGGCAAGGGAAGAAGAAGAUCAGUAGGUAAAAAAAACAUGGGGUUUAAAUUUAAUUAG